UCAGCAAAUCCUACGGAUUAGAUAGCCGUCUUGGCUGUACUGAGCCUCAUUUGACUUGUUGUUUGAAUAACGUCAUUUCGAGAUGACGCUUUAAACUUGGUAUGACAUGGAGAUGGAGAUCGCUCUCAAUCUAUAACAAAUAUAAAGUUGUUUGAAAAUGUUUAUAUCUCACCAGCAGCAUUAUUCAAGAUGUAUUCAUAUCUACCAUUAAUAACAGCACUACUUGUGCCUUUAACCUCUGCUCAAUCCGAUUCUACAGCCAGCAGCGGCACUGGGUCGGGCCCCUCACAGAAUGGCUCCUACUUCGAACAGUACAAUCAACAGCCCAACGCUACUGGCAGUGGCCAUUUAGUCGGUGCCAAUACAUCCGAUACCCCCAUGUUCCUAUCAUUUGUUAAGUGGGAUACACAAAUUAACGUCACCGAAGUCCCGUGGACCGGCAAUCAAACAGUGACGAACACGGUGAUAUCACUCAGCGCCUCAGACAAUGAUUUCCCCGCCAAUUCCUCAUGGGAGACUUGCGUAGUUCUCUUCACAAAUGUGCCCAGGAACGUGACGGUGAAAGGUCAAGAUGAUACCGGAGACUGCACAGCCUUGUAUUCCGACGAUUGCAUAAGUAACUUUACUGUUGCGAUUCAAGAUGCGAGAGCAAAGGCUACCUCAAGAAAUUCUACAGGUGUUUGUGGGGGUAUGUCGUUCAAUGACAUACCAAGCCAAUGUGCAGGAUCGAUACUUCUUGGAUCUAUUGCUCAAAACAUUACAUCAAAUCAAACUGAUGGUUCAGCAUGGAUGUAUGAAUCCAGCGAUCCCCAUGAUUCGACCAACUUGACCUUCUAUGAGGAAGCGGUUACGAGAAUAUGGCCAAUGAUGCUAAUUCAAAGUCCGAGCGCUAAUAUCGAUGGAGGGGCGAGGUUCACACAUGCUGGAUUGAGUUGUCUGAGGGCGGAGAAUGUUACUAAUGGAAGCAAGGAGGUUGAUGAUGUUCCUGGAGCCGGGAAUAGAUUGUUUCUUGGUGGAUGGGCAUUAUUGCUCGUGACGGGCGCUACGGGGUUUUUGAUGUAAGCAGCAGCGGAUCGUGAAGUAAAUCAAAAUAAUUCUCACGCUUUAUAAAUCACUUCAGCCACGAUGGGAUCGAUUAAGAAAAGAGUGGGUCUCUCCUAAAAUGGUUCCCGCCACAAACAUUGUUUCAGAUGAAAAAUAUUGUCUACUGCACACAACAUUCGCUCAAGAGCGCCUCUGAAACGUUAAAAUAUUCUACAAUCCACCUGCCUCGCGACAAACACAACAAACACGUAAUUUGUGUGAAGCAGUGGUAGCAUUUAACUUUACGAUGGAUUCUAGCUUAAUGCCUAUGAUGUUCACUACGCUGACUAAAAUCAGAACAAUACCUAGCUCUCGGUUUCCCCCUAGGUUCGGAGGUACCGAACUUGCAUGAGGGAUGUUUUGGAGGCAUAUGCAUGACUUACAAC